AUGACUACCACCAACCCUUCCAACGCCUCCUCCGGCACCGAGCCGCCCGGCCUGGAGACCCAGCGGCGGGAGAUCCAAUCUCUGCUCCGGGAGUGUGAGCUCCGAGAGGGCGACAGUUGGUAUGUGGUGGAACACCAUUGGUAUGAGCAGUGGAAGGAGUUUGUGGAGACAGGAGACCAGAACUCAUCUUCCUUCCCCGGACAGAUCGACAACACAGAGCUGUUUGAUGACCUGGACUCGUUCCACCUGAAGGAGCGUCUGGUGGAGAAUGAGGACUAUGUGUUGGUGCCUGCAGAGGCCUGGCAUAAACUCCUGACCUGGUAUGGCAUGGUAGAGGGUCAACCUGCCAUGGAGCGCAAGGUGGUAGACCUACCCAGCACUCUGAAGGUGGAGGUUUACCCUGUGGAACUCUUCCUCUGUCUCCAUAGCAACAUGGACAACGUCCUCUCCGCACUGUUCAGCCGCACUGACCAAAUACACACCAUCGAGAAGGUGAUGCGUGUUGAUUUUUCGGUGCCUGCGGGGUCAGAGUGUCGUCUGUGGAUGAAGAGCUCCGACAUCAGCUGUGAGCGUCUCCGAAAUGUGCACAUGAGCUUGCUGGAUGCCUGCCUCAGCACCGGCAUGACGGUGAUCAUGGAGAUGAGGAAUGCAGAUGGCACCUGGCCCAGCUCCAAACCACAGAUCAUGAGGAACUCGGAGCACGAUCAGGACUCUUAUCGAGGUCAGCCAGGAGUCUGUGGUCUCACCAACCUGGGAAAUACCUGCUUCAUGAACUCUGCUCUACAGUGUCUGAGUAACACCCCGCCGCUCACCGAGUAUAUCUUGAGGAGUGCCUAUCUGGAUGAGCUGAACUUCACCAAUCCUCUGGGCAUGAAGGGAGAGAUCGCCGAGGCUUACGCUGAUGUUGUCAAACAAAUGUGGUCCGGGAGACACUACUCGGUGGUCCCACGCAUCUUCAAGACAAAGGUGGGUCACUUUGCGUCCCAGUUCCUGGGCUACCAACAGCACGACAGCCAGGAGCUCCUGUCCUUUCUGCUGGACGGGCUCCACGAGGAUCUGAACCGUAUCAAAAACAAAGAAUAUGUCGAGCUGCGGGACGGAGACGGACGACCCGACCAGGAAGUGGCUGAGGAGGCCUGGCGUAACCACCGUCGUCGUAACGACUCUGUGAUUGUGGACAUCUUCCACGGUCUCUUCAAGUCCACCCUCGUCUGCCCCGAGUGCCACAAAGUCUCUGUCACCUUCGACCCUUUCUGCUACCUGAGCGUUCCUCUUCCUGUCAGCAAGGACAGAGUCAUGGAGGUCUUCUUUGUCUCCCUGGAUCCCAACGAAAAGCCUGUACAGCAUAGAGUGGUGGUGCCUAAAGUAGGGAAGGUGUCAGACCUCUGCGCCGCUCUGUCAGAGAUGACCAGCAUACCAGCCAUCCAGAUGGUCGUGGCUGAUGUAUUUAAUCAUCGUUUCUAUAAGAUCUACCACGCUGACGAGUCUUUGAGCUGUAUAUUGGACAGAGACGACAUCUUUGUGUAUGAGUUAAACAGCAGCUGUGUGGAGGAGGAUGGGGAGGAGGUUGUGUUGGCGCUUUACUUGCGAGAGCGCUCCCACUAUCAGGACUACGGCUCUGGGAGUAACUCCUACGGCACCUCCCUGUUCGGCCACCCGCUGCUGCUGGCUGUCCCACGGCGAGACUGCCACAGGGAGGCGCUCUACAGCAUCUUCCUCCAGAGACUGGCCCGCUAUGUACGACCUCCUGACCCCUCUGAGGAUGUGGAGGAGGAGGAAGAGGAUGAUGAAGAGGAGGUGUACAAGUCUCAGAUCAAUGGGAUCAGUGAUGAUGAAGAGCAGGAGGAUGGAGAGAGAGCCGGCCCCUCCCAGAGACGAGAGUGCUGUGGUGACGGAAAGAGUGACAGCCAGCCAGAUGGAACCGCUGUCAUCAAACCCAACCCGGAACUCAAUCAUAGCCAGCCCUCACUGCAGCAUGGCGAAGGGGCGACCAGUAAGCUUCUCAGGAAUGAGAUGAACCCUCCUUCGUUAUGCAGCACCAGCACUAAUGCUAACCACAACGCAGGCGCCAGUGGGGAAACCAACGCUAUUACUAAUGCCAGCAGUAUCACCAGUGAUGCGAUCGCCUCUGGGAGUACAUUUGGGAAUGCAAAUGCCAAUACCAGUGCAGCACCACCAGCAGAGCCCCAAGGGGCAGAACAUCACCAGCAGCCCUGUGAGACAACAGAAGAGGAAGAAGCAUGCACACCUAGCCUGUCAGCCAAUGAGCAGCCAGCGAAGAGGAGGUUCUUCCGUAAGAGGAGGAAGUGUCUGUUUACGAUCCAGGCCGUCAACUCCAAUGGAACGACGGAGAAAGGGAUGGGUGGAGCCAGUAGCACCUUCUCGUUUAGCUCCCAGCCUUAUGUAGCCAUAGACUGGGACCCUGACAUGAAGAAGAGAUACUACAACGAGAAUGAGGCAGAGAAAUAUGUGAAGCAUGCCAGUAUGGAGGUUCCCCAGCAGCAGACCACAGUCCAGCUCCAGGAGUGUAUCGAGCUGUUUACCACCAUGGAAACACUGGAGGAGGAGAAUCCAUGGUACUGUCCUGUGUGUAAGAAACACCAGCUGGCCACUAAGAAGUUGGAUCUGUGGUCUCUUCCUGAGAUCCUGGUCAUUCACCUGAAGAGGUUUUCCUACACCAAGUUCUCUAGAGAGAAACUGGACAGCAUAGUGGACUUUCCUCUCAGAGAUCUGGACUUCUCAGGCUGCCUACUGAAGAAGAAGCUAGACAGCGGAGAACCUCCGAGUUGCUAUGACCUCAUCGCGGUGUCCAAUCACUACGGAGGACUUAGAGAUGGACACUACACCAGUUAUGCGCGGAAUAAAGACAAUGGUCAGUGGUAUUACUUUGAUGACAGCAAGGUGACCUACGCCAGAGAGGAACAGAUUGUGACCAACGCUGCUUAUCUGUUGUUCUACCACCGGCAAGACAAGAUCAGGAAGCCCACUCUCCCACCCCCCUCCACAAGCUCCGCCUCACUGGUCCAGGCUGCAAACGACAUCACUUCCUGCAAAAACGACAACAUGGAGCUGGGAGCCGCUUCCUGUGUCACCAUGGAAACGGAAUGA